GGAAAUGAACCAGCAGCCUCAAAAUACAAUUAAAACUCACAGCAUCAUGUCGGUUUAUUUACGGCUUUAGAAUUUCUGAGGCAACUCAAGACGAGAUAGUUUUUUAAAAAAACAACAAAACUCAGCAAAUUAGGAGAAUAAAACAGCUGUUUGACAAUUACAACACAAAAACUGGGAUUAUAAUCUAGAAUAUCAUCAAAAAUAUGAUAAUAAAUUGAAUUUUAAAAAGAACCGUGGGUCUACAAUAGAUUCAAAUAUUAAUUUCCCAGUAAAAAUUAAUUCUAAUGAAAAAAGUCCACGUACAAGACUGUUCAUUGGACUGUUAUAUUUUAAGGAAGCGCUCCACUGUUGAGUUUGAGAGUUAAGGUUAAAGAUUAGCCAGUGUAAAGGAUGUUUGUGGCAACUUUUGGGCGGUGUUUUGGUGAAGCAGAAUUUGUGAAGUUCCAUUUCUUCAAGACAGCAUAAGAGAGAAGAGCAAACACUCAAUGAUGGAGUCUUACUUUAGAGGCUCCUUGUGGAUGAUCUUCAUCCUCGUCUCACUGCCUCGUCUCACCUGCAACAUGUUUUGUCCCAGCGGCUGCUUCUGUGACCCCACCGGUGCCGUCAUGUGUGUUGGCGACACCAUCACCGAUAUACCUGAGCACCUGCCGGUCCACACUUACCAGCUGCUGAUCAAACGCACUAAGAUGAAUGUCAUAAACGAGCAGAGUUUGGCCAACAAGGACCUCAUGCUGCGUUUCAGUCUGACCUACAGUCACCUUCAUACCAUCCAUCCCAGAGCUUUCCACGUAGCUCGUCAGCUAAAGUCCGUCCAACUGUCGUCCAAUGACCUCUCGACUCUUCCUGCCCGAGUCUUCAGUCCAUUGGUUGCUCUGGAGCAGCUGUUUUUGGAUGGAAACCAGUUAGAGAUCCUCGCUCCAGAUAUGUUUGAAGGACUGGUCAGCCUGCAGGCUCUGGAUCUGAGCAGCAACAAACUCACCAGUCCUGCUUCGGAUCUUUUUGAUGGACUCACCAGCCUCGACUUUCUGAACCUCGGCAGGAAUUCCAUCAAGAAGCUCCCACCCACCAUCUUUCACUCCUUGACUAAACUUCGCCAGCUCAUAAUCUACUACAACGAGCUGGAGGAGCUGGAAGUCGGGAUAUUUGAUAAACUCGUCAACCUCAUGGAGCUAAGGAUCGAACAUAACCAGAUUUCCAGCCUCCCGCCUCAAGUGUUCUGGUCGUUGAGGAACCUGAAGACUCUAACAUUGUCCAACAACCAAUUUCUGGUGGUUCCAGACAGAACCUUCUACUUCAUGCCCAAACUGAAAAAACUCACCCUUUACAACAACCCACUGUUAUCUCUACCAGACGAGUUGAUGGGCUACGUGCCUGAAUUAACAGAGUUUUAUUUAUUUGGCACCAACCUCACCACAGUUCCUGGAAAUGUGUUCGCCAACAUGUCUGGGCUGCAGAUGCUCAACUUCCAUCUAAAUGACCACCUGAAGGAGCUGCCGCAGGAUCUCUUCUGCUGCCUUCCCAACCUCACGAAGCUCUCGUUGAAAUCCAACAACCUCAGUCGUCUGCAUCCGGAGCUGUUCUCCAAACUCCCCACUCUGAACACACUGGUCCUCAACAACAACAAGCUGGAGAACCUCCCAGAAAACAUCUUCCAGAACCUCACAGGGGUUUUGAGCAUUGAUCUGAAGAAUAACCAACUCCAAACUCUUCCAGGGGAUACUUUCUCAUCAAAUACAGCUUUGAAGAAUCUUUCUCUGAAUGGGAACCCCUGGAACUGUGACUGUGAUAUUAGAGGUAUUGCAAGAUGGAUAAAGCACAAUGAGCAGGUUGUUCUUGACAGCGAAGAUGUUAUGUGUCACAGUCCAGUCUACCAGCUGCUGCGUACCGUCAGUUCACUGCGUGACGACGAAUUCAACUUUUGCGAUGCUACAACUGUCCAUUUUGCUGCAACUACUGACACAACGCCACCAUCUGACAGAGUUACAACCCAGGAGCAAACAUCACUUCCACUUUCCACAACAACUUCAAGCACCACCCAACAAACUACCCAACAAGUCUCAACCACCGCUCUACUUUCACAAACUACCCAACAAAUCUUAACCACCGCUGUACUUCCACAAACUGCCCAACAAGCCUUAACCACCACUCCACCUCCCCAACCGACCACCUCAGAUGCCUCAUCUUCCCUUCACACUGCAGCCGACGUUCAGUCCAAUGAAGCCCAACACAAAUCAUCUUCUUUUCAUGAAUUGUUGGUGAUAGAAGAAGGGCCUGAUUUUGUCCACCACAGCUCUUAUAAUGACUGGGUCUACGUGUGGUUUCUUCCCUCCGACGCCAUUUCGGUCGGUUUCCUGAUGUUUUCUCACAUUCUUCUCGUGGCUACAGGCUUGAUGCUCAUUCUCGCCACCAUGUAUGUCAUGAAACGCCUCAACGAGACCAUUGACGCGCUGCAGUGUGAGCAGGACCGUAACGAGGAGUGUGUUAUUGAGGCUUGUGUACGAGACGAUAAGACUUUCUGAACUGCUUUGCUCAAAGUUGCAUUGAGUCUUUUCUUCUAAUGUUGCUUUCGGAUGUCAGAAUCGGAUUAUAACAUUGAAGAAAAAAUCAUAAUAGGGUUACCGUUGAGGGAACAAAAUUAGGCAGCAAUCCUGUCAGUGCAUCCACACAAUCUGACAUUAUUAAAAGCACAAAAAGAAAUACACAAAUUGAUUGAUGUGUAGCAAGUUAGCAUGUUAGCAUCCCAAAAUGCCAAAAUUCAUCAAUUAAACAUAUUCUAGGCUGUUCUGGACCAUUUCUGAACCAUUUUUGACUAUUUUCGUGUAAUUUUAAACAAAUUUAAGGGAUUUUGCACAGGUUUUGAGUCAUUUUGGACAAAUUUGCAGUAAAAUUGGAUAUUUUUGAGUCAUUUUAGACAAAUUCUGUGUAAUUUGGACCUUUUUUGAAUCAAUUUGGACAGGUCUGAAGUUAUUUUGGACUAUUAUUGAAAAGUUUUGGGCAAAGUUUCAGUCAUGGUGAUUUUGUGCAAGCUUGGAAUAAUUUUAGACAACUUUGGAAUCAUUUUUGGACAGUUUAAAGUUAUUGGGGUCCAUUUAUGAGUAGUUUUGGCCAAUGUUUGAGGCAUUUUGGACAUUAUUUGAGUCAUUUUAGAACUAUACAAAAUUAAUCUUGGGACAUUUUGGGACAAGUUUGGAAUCAUUUUGGCCAACAUAAAAAUGUUUCCAUCAGAUCCCAAAUCCAAAUGUCGCCCAAAUAAUAUAUAACAUAUAAUUUUUUGGGCCUUAAAAAAUUGAUUUUGAAAAAUUAUUUUUAAAUGAGGGUGGUAUUGCAGCCCCAGAAAAUUUCUAAAAGCUUAUAUAUAUGUAUAUAUAUAUAUAUAUAUAUAUAUAUUAGUGGUGGGAUGCGAUUAAAAUGUUUUAUCUAAUUAAUUACAGGCUUUGUAAUUAAUUAAUUGCAGUUUUGUCAAAGAGUAUUUUGACACAAUAAGUGAAGUUUAAUUCAAAUAUAUUGUGAUUGACAGCUGAAUCAAUGAAUAGACAUAUGUGUUUCUAAUUUAAAAUUUAUUUUAAAAAAGGAAAAUGGGACAUACAGAAAAAAGUGAUUUUGAUGACUUAGAGCCUGAAUUUAGUUGUUUUUUCCACUGUAUGGCACACAGAAUCAGCGUAAGUAGUUAAAGGAGCUUCAGAAAGUUGAAAAUCCAGAGAUUCAUUCUGUUUUCAUCUUUUCUGGGUCUGAUAAAUGGUUUAAUUUUGAUGGUUCUUUUUAUAGGAAUACCAAUUUUUAUUUAUGUAAUUUUGUUAUAAAGAAAAAGUUUAUAAUUAAGUUAUUAAAAGAGAUAUUUUUGUUGUUGAGGUUAUUCCUCCUCCAAGGAGGCAGAGCCUCGAUGGAGUAAAAACUUAAACCACAAAAAUGUUUCAUUUCUAUUCAUCUGCAUUUUUCAUCUGUCUGCUACAUUCACAGAUUACUGCAAAUCUAAGUGCAAUUAUAGCAAUUUUAUUCAACAUUUUAAGACUUUCUGUAAACUCAAGCACUGUCUAGAAAAGUGGUCUAUUAUGGGAUGGCUACACCGUUAGCCGUUAGCAUGACUCGUAGCUAACGUUAGCUCUGGUGCUAACAGCAACAUGUUUUACAUUGAGGAGAUACCGUCGGCUUGAAGUGACACAGUGAUCAGAAAACUCUUUGUUGUACAAUUUGUACACAACCAGGCUUUUAUCCAAGCUGCCAUCAGGAAGAUUUUUAAAAGAAAACUUCCUGCUCAACAAGCUCAAUCUCCUCUUCCUUCACUGUUCACCAGUGCCUGACUUCACUCAGUGCUUCCUGUGCUUCUUCUUCAUGGCUACAAACAGACUUUAGGUUCAUUACCGCCACCUACUGGGCUGAAGUGUUCAUCAGAGUUACCAGUGUGCCAGAAAUGAGGGAACUGAGGAGGGUGCAAUUAAAUGCACUAUUUUUCUCAAUGCGUAAUUUUCGCGGUAAUUAAUUGACCAAAAUUAACGCGUUAAUGUAUAUAUGCAUAUAUACUGUAUAUAUGGAUGUAUUCCUAUUGCCGACUAAAAAUACAGACUUUGGUCGACUGGUCAACAUUUCAUCAACUUUCGAUGGUCUAACAUCAGUAGAAUUUGAUGUGUGGCAAGUAUGAUUAGACAAGGUUUCUUUUUUUUUUAUGUUUUAACAUGCCAAAAUCCCAAAAUGAGUGCAUUUGUUAUUUUUCGUUGUCAUUUUCGACAAUUAUCAAGUCAUUUCGAACACAUUUUAAGUGAUUUUGCACAAAUUUUGGUUGUAAUUAUAGACAUUUAUUGAGUUUUGCUGGAUAAUUUCUGUCCUGUCAGUGCACUCACACAAUCUAACAUUAUAAAAAGUGCAAAAAGAAAUGUGCAAGUAUAAAAUAUGAUGUGUAGUUGAAAAAAUGUCUAUGCCACUGCAUUAAUGAAAACAGUGGAAUAGUUUAUUCUUUAACAGACAACUUAUGAGGCAUAUUAAGAACUAUAAAAACAAUAACUGGUGUUGCACUUGAAUAAACAAAAUGUUCAGAUAGUAAAUAAAUUGCAAUGAGAUACUCCAGCAUUUAAUAUAUAUAUAAUCCAUGCUAAUCAUUUGUUUCUAAUUAGAUGUAAUUUAUGAAAAGCUGCGAGGACUGAUCGAUUGAUCGAUUAGACAUUAUAAAGAAAAUUAAUCAGCAAAUCUUUGAUAGUUGGUCAAUAAAAUGUGAAGACUUGCUGCUUUUGUUUGUCAUAUUCAAAAAAAAUCUUUGAGUUUAGACUGCUGGUUAGAAAAAUCAAUUAUAUCAAUCAACAUGUUGAACUCUGGGCAUUUGUGAAAGGUGAUUUUUAAUAACCACUUCUUCAAGAUUUAAUUGCUUAAUUGGAAAAGUAAUGAUAAUUUAAAUUAUCAUUUGCAGCCUUGAAUUUCAGUUUAUAAAGAAACGUGUAAUGAAACUUUCUUUCUGUCAUUAUUCGUGUUGUUUUAUGUUUUAUUUGACUGUGGAGUUUUUGUGAAACUGGUGUGAGCUGUAGUCCAUCACCAGUUAUUUGUUUCCCUCUAGUGGUGAAUCUCUCAAACUGCAGGAAUAAACAUCACAGCUUCUGAAAUUAUUUACAAUAUAUUUUAUGAGUUAUCUGUCGAUAUGUUUACUAAUAAAUGGUAUUAUGUG